AUUUACUGCCUCUGCUUGCAGCAUCAUCCACACUUCUAUUCUGCUGCCGGGAGGAAGAAGUGAAACCGCGGUUCUUCUCGAUCCACGUCGUUCAGGACGUACGCAGAAAACGCCCACUUCCUCUGCUCCUCAUCUGCACUGGAAAGAGCUGUCGUCAUGGUUGUCGUGUGAAACCGGGACCGGUGUACCACUCGGAUUCGGAAGCGCGGACGGAGCCGAAGCGGCCGUUUUCAGGUGUCAGCUGGUGCGCGUGUGUGUGAGAGAGUGUGUGAGUGUGCGUGUGUGGGUGAGCGCGUGUGUGUGUGAGUGAGUGUGUGUGCGUGCGAGCGUGCACGUUUGUUAUCACACCGCGGUCAGUGCUUGGAGCCGAGCGAAUCCUGAACACACCACAGAGGGACAAUGAGCGAGCUGGAACAGUUGCGGCAGGAAGCCGAACAGCUACGCAACCAGAUCCGGGAUGCCAGGAAAGCCUGCAGUGACUCCACUCUGUCACAGAUCACAGCUGGUCUGGACUCGGUGGGCCGGAUACAGAUGCGGACGCGACGCACUCUCAGGGGCCACCUGGCCAAGAUCUAUGCAAUGCACUGGGGGAGUGACUCCAGUGACGGCAGUCCCAGGUUACUUGUCAGUGCCUCACAAGACGGAAAGCUGAUCAUCUGGGACAGUUACACAACAAAUAAGAUGCACGCCAUCCCGCUGCGCUCUUCCUGGGUGAUGACAUGCGCCUACGCCCCCUCUGGGAACUACGUGGCCUGCGGAGGUCUGGACAACAUCUGCUCCAUAUACAGCCUGAAGACCCGCGAGGGCAACGUACGCGUCACCAGAGAGUUACCUGGACACACAGGUUAUUUGUCCUGCUGUCGUUUCUUGGAUGACAACCAGAUACUGACCAGCUCUGGAGACACCACCUGUGCAUUGUGGGACAUUGAGACUGGCCAGCAGGCCACCAGCUUCUCCGGCCACACGGGCGACGUGAUGAGUUUGUCUCUAAGUCCGGACUACAAGACUUUUGUGUCGGGAGCCUGCGACGCCACCUCCAAGCUCUGGGACAUCCGUGACGGGAUGUGCAGGCAGUCGUUCACCGGCCACGUGUCCGACAUCAACGCCGUCACCUUCUUUCCCAAUGGGAAUGCCUUCGGUACGGGCUCCGAUGACGCCACCUGCAGGCUGUUCGACCUGCGCGCCGACCAGGAGCUGAUGAUGUACAGCCACGACAACAUCAUCUGCGGCAUCACCUCCGUGGCUUUCUCCAAGAGCGGCCGCCUGCUGCUGGCCGGCUACGACGACUUCAACUGCAACGUCUGGGACACUCUGAAGGGCGAGCGUGCAGGUGUCCUGGCGGGCCACGACAACAGGGUGAGCUGCUUAGGGGUGACAGAAGACGGGAUGGCCGUAGCCACCGGCUCCUGGGACAGUUUCCUCCGGAUCUGGAACUAAACCGACCUGUUGCCUGUCGUACUCAAUCACUGCCCUCCAUCCUCCUCCAUCCUCCUCCUCACCUCCUACAUGCCACCUCACCCACGGCCGGACCUGAGGGGCGACACUGUGUCACCCAACCCUUCUUAAACUCACCCUCAGCGACCCGUCCACCUGUGAGAAACUCUUUCUACCUUUUUUUUUCCACCCAGAAGUAAGAACCUCUCUGUAGAUUAGUCUAAUCAAGAAGAAAAAAAAGAAGCCGUCGCACCGAUUCUUUUCCAUCUGUUACCACGACUAACAACCGAGAUUAGCAUCAGUGUGUAAAAUGUAAAUGUAAAUAUAAAGACAGUAUAUAUGUAUAGCAUUAUGUGUGUAUAUAUGCAUCAUAUAUGCAUAUAUAAUGUGUAUGUAUAUAUUUUUGUAGUUUAUUUCCCACCUGUUGAGGUUUUUGUUUUUUUUUUUAAAAUAAUUUCGGGUGUUGUGUUUUACUUUAAACUCACAUUACUACUCACAGUAAUGCAGCGGAACAGUACAAGAUUGAGUAACAAAUCAUGAUUUUAACCUAAAAAACUCUGGAUUUUUUAAAAUUUUCCUGCUGAUUAAGUGACGUCCGCCCAUCAGCGCUAAAAAGAGAAACCAAAACUACAGUUUGGCCCAGUUUAAACCCACUCUUCAUCUUGUAGCUGUAAAAUGAAACAUUCCUCAUCGCAGCCGUCGCUCCGCUUGCUGCUAUCAGGGAGCUUCAAUCCAACUCCUCUUCUUGAUUUUUAGUCUGAAUUCAGCUUUAACCCCAAAGUAGGUGAAUUCUAGCCGAAGAUACAAAACUUUUUGGCCUUUCGACUCGAGUUGUUUCAGAUCCUCGUCAGAUAUCAGAAGACGACGUCCAUUCCACGUGUGCGACUGACGAACAGAUCGUUGUUGAAUGGUCUCCUGUGGUCCGAGGAGUCGACGCUUUCUCCUCAAAGCUGAGAAAAGGACAGGCGAAGAGGGACGGACGUUCAAGCAUCUCAACAUCUGGAACCUAAAGGACACAUACGGCGACUCUGAGGACCUGAGAAAAGACGUCAUUUUUAUCCUUUUUCCAGACUGAGAAAGUCAUUCUCUGUGGUGUGAAACGAGUAACUGAGCGUUAGCCGCUCCCGGAAAAAAAACAACAAAAAAAAAAAUCACACCAGUGCCACCACAAGCCUGUAAACAAACAAACAAAAAAACAACAAAAAAAACAAAAAAAGUUUUGUAAAAGGGUUCGACACUUUGAGCAUUUUGUUUUCUUUCUUUCCUCACCCAAAAAACCCACAAACUGUUAAAUAUUGCUUGUGAAGAAAGACUCGGUAGACUAGCUAGAGAACGCACUCACCAACGUAGUACCAAACCAUCGAGCACACGUGACUUAUUUACCCGUAGACGUGGAAUUUCAGAUUUUUUGAGUGUUUUUUCCUCAUCAUGCAUCUUCCAUCGUUUUGGCUCCUCUAAAGGCUUAAUUAAAAAAAAAAAAAAAAGAAUCACACGGAGAUCGUGUGGUUGGACCUAUCCAUCAGCAGGUGUCCAGGCACCGCUGCAUCUCCAUUUCUGCCUUAUCCCGCCGUUCAUGUAGAAUUUAAUAAUAAGAGAGCUACUUUUCUUUCCCCGAUAGAAACACAUUCUGAUACUAGUGAACACUAAAACGCAUGAACCACCAUAAACCACCACCACCGCCGAAGCUUUCACACCACUUUUUUUUACAACUCUGCUUUCUACUACUACUAAACUUUGUAGUAUUUAUUAAGGUUCAAUCAGACGAGUUCUUCUUUCCGUUUAGCUGCUUCUGCCCGACUUAUCGGACCCGUCUGGAGAGAACGGUAAAUGACCUGUUGUAGUUUUUAGCCUGAGAAGGAUCCGACGUGUUUCGCAUAUCGGUAUUGGGGGGGGGGGGGGAUUAAUUUACCAACGUAUGUGGAUAACCUGUAGAUUAAGUGUUACUUCCUCAUUUGUGCCAAUGCUAUCCACAGACCCUGAGCUGUGAACUAGUCAGUGUGACAAAAACAAACGAAACAAGACGUUUGCUCACUUUUUACUCAAGUGCCAGCCUCGUUCACCUCCAUCCAUUUAAAGCCGACCUGCUGACUGCGUUUGUUACACUCAGCUUUCUGUUUCAGUCGGCGGACGUCAGAUGUUCGUACGUACAAGUGACGGCCAACGGUUUGUGCUUAAAGGAGCAGUGCAGCGUUCUGGGAAGUGUUUGUGCGACUGCAGGGGGCGCCGUUGCCUUCACGUUGCUGUGUACCAGGUGUUUUUGCAAAUAAUCUUAAAAGCUUGUGAGAAAAGACGCCAAAUUAGUGUGAAAGAUCCCAAACGUUCUUCUGUUAUUCUGCACCUGGAAGCUUAAAAAGUAGGAAAAUGAUGCAUUUCUUGCGCCUUUUUGAAAGACAGAGUAACAACAAGAGCAGUUAUUAAAAGCUGAAACAGUCACAGUAAAAUAGAAGUAGAAAUAUUACACAAAAAACAUCAGAAAUGAGACGUAUCAGUGUCGUUUUUCCAGUUUGUUAUAGCAUACGGUACGAUAUUUAUCAUUUAUGAGAGAGAUUAUCAUUAAACUUAACCAGAAGCAAUGAGCGAAACUUCAUCUGUUAGUGUCUCGUGGAAAAAAAUACUGAUUCCAUUAGUUUUUUUGAGAUCAGCGUGUGUUUGUAAGCCAAUUAAAGUUUCAGUCUGGAGGCUAAUAGAUGUGAAAUUGCAGAGCAAAGUGAGAUUAUGGCUUUUUUUUGUCCCUCUAUGAUUGAUUUGGAUCAAUAUUAGUGCUGAAAUGUGGUAAAAGUCUGACAUUUAUGGACAUUUGAGGUUGUAACCGAACUGAUAUGAGUUUCUAGAGCAUUUCUUAGACCAAUAUUGGUGCUAAAAAUCCUUCUAAAUUGCUUACUUCUUUAUAUAUUUACUUAGGGGAACUUUCUGGGAACACAAUACCACCUUAGUUUGAAAAUAUUGCACUUCCCUCAAAAGUUGGUGAAAUGUCGACCAAAGACUGUUUCAGUAGAAAUAUGGAUCCAUCCAUUUACAUUUAUAUACUUACAGGAACCUUCUGGUGCCGCAGUACCACCGUAGUUUGACAGGUUUGCACUUUUUUCACAUUUUCAAGGGCCGAUAGUUGACCUUUCUUGUCAUUUUGGACAAGAUUUAUCUUAUUUUGGACAGUUUAGAUGUGAAAUUGCAGAGCCAAGUGCGAUUUGGGCUUUUUUUUUUGGGCGCUCUAUGAUUAAUUUUGUUUAAUAUCAGUGCUGAAAUGUAAAAAGCUGACUUUAUGGACAUUUAAGGUUGUAACCUAACAGAUGUGAGUUUCUAAAGCAAUUCUUAGACCAAUAUUGGUGCUAAAAAUCCUUCUAAAUUGCUUACUUCCUUAUAUAUUUACUUAGAAGAACUUUGUGGGGACACAGUACCACCUUAGUUUGAAAAUGUCACACUUUUUUUUUCCAUUUUCAAGGGCCGAUAGUUGACCUUUUAUGUCAUUUUGGACAAUUUUGAGUAAUUUGAGACAAGAUUUGUCUUAUUUUGGACAGUUUAGAGGCUAGAAGAUGUGAAAUUGUCGAUCAAAGUGCCAUUUUGGCUUUUUUUUUGUCCCUCUAUGAUUGAUUUGGAUCAAUAUCGUUGCUGAAAUGUGGUAAAGGUCCGACAUUUAUGAACAUUUGAGAUUUUAACCUAACAGAUGUGAGUUUCUAGAGCAAUUUUUAGACCAAUAUUGGUGCUAAAAAUUCUUCUAAAUUGCUUAAAGAUUACUUCCUUAUAUAUUUACUUAGGGGGGAACUUUCUGGGGACACAAUACCACCUUUGUUUGAAAAAUAUUGCACUUUUUUUCCAUUUUCACGGACCAAUAAUUAUUCUUUCUUUUGAUAUUUUGGACAAAUCUAAUUUUGGACACGUUUCAAGUCAAAUUAGCAAAAAACUGGAACCAUGUCUUGUCAGACUUAUCCCAAAUCAGAUUCUACUGAUGUUCGCGCCUCAGAAGCUGGUGAAAUGUUGAUCAAAGACUGUAUUUUAGUAGAAAUAUGGAUCCAUCCAUUUACGUAUAUACACUUACAGGAACCUUCUGGGGCCACAAUACCACCUUAGUUUGAAAAUGUAGCAUUUUUUUCCCAUUUUCAAGGGCCGAUAGUUGACCUUUCUUGAGACAAGAUCUGUCUUGUUUUGGACAGUUUAUAGGCUAAUAGGUGUGAAAUUGUAGAGCAAAGUAUCAUUUUGGCUUUUUUUUUUUUUUUUUUGACCCUCCUUUGGAUCAAUAUUGGUGCGUCCCACAUUUAUGGACAUUAGGGUUAGGAUUUAAGGUUGUAGCCUAACAGAUGUGAGUUUUGAGACCAAUAUCGGUGCUAAAAAUCCUUCUAAACUGCUUCACACCGCUCAAAAUACUGCCGUUCAGUUCAACCCAACAACACAGAAAUGUCAGUAUUUCGAGCCAUGUGAAGCAUUGACUUCAUGCAGAUUAACAGAAAAACUGCAAGUUUUGUCUCUUUCACCUGUUUUAGAGACCCACAAACACAAAUUGCACCUACUUCUGGAGUAAAAUCCAUACAACAGCGCCCUCCUCAGACAAACUUCGCUCUAUUUCCCACAGCGCCGAACCAACCGUUCCUUCCUUUUUUUUCAUAUUCCAUCUCGAGCCGCGUGAAAUACAAAAACAAAACAAAACAAAAAAAAACUACACCACAGCCCUUAACAGCUGGAAAAAAGCAGAUUGUGUGCAGAUUUGUUCACCGAAGCCGGAGUAGUAACACUUAAACGUGCCUGUGCAGCUCAACUCAUGCAAAGUAAACUCACGAAUACACAAAAAGGUGCUUGACUUCCUUUGAUUUCACAUUUCCUGUCCGGUUUAAUCCCCCAAAUCUACUAAGAAAAAAAUCACAUUUGACGCGUUGAAGGUACCGGAACUUGUGAAUUAUUGGUAUUUCAGCAGACGUGUAAAUAUCACCGCUGCUUUAUCGGCCGUCUUUCCGGUUUAAUCUAAAAGCUGGAGGACGAAAUAUUCACCCGACGCCACCACAGCACCGUCACAAAGUAACGCACUGCCCUCCGACUCUACAACCGACCGCUCAGACGUGUUUUUUCUUUUUUUUGGUCGUAUUUAUUGUUUUAAGCCAGUAAAAGACCAGGGACUCGGUGCCAUGAUAAAUUCUCUUACAGUGCUAUAUCGUGUGAAAUUAUUAUGAUCACUUGUUAUGGAAUAAUUUUUAUAGUCUUUUUCACACCAGACCUUUUUUUUGUAUUUGUACAGUGGCUUGGUGAUACUGAUAUGUUGCCAUGAGUUAUUGUAACCAAUAAAAACAGGAAAAAAAAGCUUUUAACCAAGAAUCUGAA